AAUGGCUACCUCCUCCGUAAACCCUUUUGGUCUCUUGCAUGGUGAUGAUGCGGGUUGUGAAGAUCUUUCUGUUCUUGUGGCAAAAGUCGUCUCUGCGACUAAGAUUACUCAUCCUUCUCUAGUAAAGGAGAAGCCAAAGAACGUUGCUCAGCUUCCUUCUAAGCCUCUGUCACCUGCAGAAUACGUGAGAACUGGAGGUCGAGGCACAGGAAGAGGAACCGGAGGUCGAGGUAUAGGAAGAGGAACCGGAGGUCAAGGGGAUAACAACCAUACAGAUUCCAACGGAAAUAGGGGAUAUACUAAGAAUGAGAAUGUAAAGACUUCAGACGUCACGGCGGAGAAAGAAGAAGACAAAGAAAUGUCCCUUGCUGAAUUUGAGAAAGUGAGGCUUGAAAAGAAGAAGGCUUUAAACGCAGUAAAAAGUGAAGAGAGGAAAGUUGUUGACAACGAAUUCAAAAAUCUGAAAAUACUUGGGAAAAAGAAAGAUGAAGAGCUUUCUAUCAAGCCACAGAAAUCUGGAAAAGGGAAUCUUAAAAAGAAGGAAAGCCUUGCAGAGGAAAAGGCUCGCAAGUCAAUAGCAUUACAUGAAUUUCUGAAGCCAGUUGAACAUGAGAAGAGUGAUAACAAUGGCAAAGGUUCUGAUAACGGUGCUCAGGGAGAUCGCAACGGCCCACCUAGGGAAGGUUCUUCAGAGCAACCAGAUAAAAAGGAGAUUAAACGCGCCAUCCAAGGUCAUUCGACUUGGUUAUCUGCCGUCAAGGGAGGAUGAAGCUGU